AUUUUAUCGACAUUACAAACAACAUUUGCAACCUUGAAGUAUAGAAUUUAUUUUAAUAAGGGAGCUGAUGUAAACUCCGAGGUGUUAAGGAACUGCAAAUAUGCUUUACACAAGUAUAUUUUGAUAGGAAACGAAUGGCUGCUCAGAAGUAGCUUUGAUACUGAUAACUAUCACUGCCAACACGAUAUAUUUGAUGCUAACAAAUAACGAAGCAGUGUUAAUGCAUGCUUGCUUUGGAAAAAAUUCGACUAUAAAUUCUCGGAUGAACUAUUACUGGUUUCCCAAUAUAACUGCCUUCAACAUAGCGGCCAUAGGUAUAUCUUAUCUGCAAGACAACGUUAAAGAAGCUACUGCAUCAUGACGGAACGCAGAUGUCAUCGUUCAGAAAUAUGCUGGCAACCAUCCAUGACUUUCAUUUGGAC